CGCAUAGUGUUGUGAGGUUUCAUGUUGCUGGAGUAGUGUUUGCGGAGAUCCUGACUUCCUGUCCCGCCUUGGAUUACACCGUUGACAUCCCCGGGGCCUCGAUUGAAAACCCCGGCCUAUUCUUGAAUUGUGAGCUCUCCGGGUGAGUGUCCAGCUGUAGAGAAGAUGGCGACGGCUGCUGUGAUGCUCGGCCCGGAGAUCCUACUCUUGCUGCUUGUGCUGGGAGCCGCAACCUCGGAUACCUCCUGCCCGGCCCCUUGUGUUUGCGACGGAGGACUACUGGACUGCAGCAGGCGGCGUUUGGGCCGGUUACCCGCAGUGCCCUUACCCGAGGGCAUCACUAGUCUGGAGAUUAGUCAUAAUUGGUUGACUCUUUCCAAUAGUAGCCUGGUGCCAGAAUUAUAUUCCCUGCAAGAAGUAAAAAUGAAUUAUAAUGAGCUGACGGCAAUCCCUCACCUGGGAGAACCAACCUCCAACAUAACCUUAUUAUCACUUGUUCAUAAUAAAAUUUCUGAGCUGAAUGGAGAUGUUCUUCAGCAGUACCUUUCAUUGGAAUCUCUGGAUCUAAGCUCCAACCUUCUCACUGAGAUAAAGGCCUCUUUCUUCCCACGAAUGCCCCUGAAGUAUCUGAACCUGAGCAACAAUAGAAUUACAACGUUGGAAGCCGGCUGUUUUGACAAUUUGUCCAGUUCAUUAGUUGUACUGAAACUGAACCGAAACAAAAUUGCUGCAAUUCAACCAAAGAGUUUCAAGCUGCCCCAUUUACAGUAUCUGGAGCUGAGACGAAACCGAAUGAAAAUUGUGGAAAGCUUAACAUUCCAAGGACUUGAUUCGCUAAAAUCUUUGAAAAUGCAAAGAAAUGGAAUCAACAAAUUAAUGGAUGGGGCAUUUUUUGGACUGGAUAAUAUGGAGCAACUGGAAUUAGAACACAAUAAUAUAACAGACAUUAACAAAGGUUGGCUCUAUGGUUUGAGAUCCUUGCAAGAACUAUACAUCAGUCAGAACGCAGUUCACAGGAUCAGUCCAGAUGCAUGGGAGUUCUGCCAGAAACUCUUGGAUCUAGAUCUUUCAUUUAACCAGCUGAAUCGUUUAGAUGAGUUUGCAUUUGUUGGUCUGAUCUCACUGGAAAAACUGAACUUGGGAGACAACAGAAUAAAUCAUGUUGCUGAAGGGGUUUUUAAAGGACUCUCAAGUCUUGUCACACUGGACCUUCGAAACAAUGAGAUUUCAUGGGCAAUUGAAGAUUCAAAUGAAGCCUUUGCUGGACUUUCCAAGCUCAAUACACUCAUUUUGCAAGGAAACAAGAUUAAAUCUAUCACAAGGAAAGCUUUCACUGGCAUAGACUCACUGCAGAAUCUCGACUUGGGGAAUAAUGCUGUCAUGUCUAUACAAGAAAAUGGCUUUUCUCACCUUAAAAUUCAAGAGCUAAUCCUAAAUACAAGCAACCUGCUUUGUGACUGUCAUCUAAAAUGGCUUCCCCAGUGGUUGACUGAGAGUGGGUUGCAGAAGUCGGUCAAUGUGAGCUGUGCCCACCCUGAAUGGCUUGCGGGGCGUUCUCUGCUUAAUGUAGACCAGGAAGACUUCAUCUGUGAUAAUUUUCCCAAACCACAGAUCAAGAUCCAUCCUGACACUACUGAUGCGCUGAAGGGGAUGAACGUGACAUUCACUUGCUCUGCGGGAAGCAGUAGUGACAGCCCCAUGACCACAGCAUGGCGUAAGGACAAUGAAGUUUUAUAUGAUGCUGAAGUUCAAAACUUUGCCCGGUACCAGAAACAUGGGUCUGAAAUGAUUGAGUACACCACAAGAUUGCACCUCUUCAACGUCAACUUUACAGAUGAAGGAAGAUACCAGUGCAUCAUCACCAAUCACUUUGGCUCCAAUUACUCCACCAAAGCUAAGCUAACUGUAAAUGAGAUGCCCACUUUUUUGAAAAUACCUAUGGACCUGACUAUUCGUGCUGGUGCCAAGGCACGUUUAGAGUGUGCAGCUGAGGGCCAUCCUCCGCCACAGAUUUCAUGGCAAAAAGAUGGUGGGACAGAUUUCCCUGCUGCCAGAGAGCGUCGCAUGCACGUCAUGCCAGAAGACGAUGUUUUCUUUAUUGUUGAUGUUAAAACUGAAGAUAUGGGACUGUAUAGCUGCUUGGCACAAAAUGUGGCAGGCAACAUUUCUGCUAAUGUCACACUUACUGUGUUGGAAACGCCAUCUUUCCUUAGACCUUUGGAAGACAGAACUGUGGCUCGAGGGGAGACUGCUGUAUUGCACUGUAUAACAGGAGGAAACCCAGCCCCUCGUCUUAACUGGACAAAAGAUGAUGGUCCGCUACAUGUUACUGAGAGACAUUUCUUUGCCGCAGCCAAUCAGCUUCUGAUCAUUGUAGAUGCAGGUCCGGAGGAUGCUGGGAAAUACACCUGCAUCAUGUCCAACACACUUGGCACAGAGAGGGGCCACAUCUACCUCAAUGUCCUUUCAUCCACUAAUUGUGAUUCUUCACAAAAUGUCAUUAGCUAUGAUGAUGAUGGCUGGACCACAGUUGGUAUAGUAAUCAUCGUGGUGGUAUGCUGUGUAGUGGGAACAUCUCUGGUCUGGGUUAUUGUCAUAUACCACAUGAGAAGGAACAAUGAAGAUUACAGCAUAACUAACACAGAGGAUAUGAAUUUACCUGCAGAUAUUCCAAGCUACUUGUCAUCUCAGGGAACACUGUCUGAGCCACCCGAAGGCUAUAGUAACUCUGAGGCUGGCAGUCACCAACAGCUCAUGCCUCCCUCAAGUGGCUGUGUGCACAAAGGAACAGAUGGAUUAUACACUAGUAGCGAGGCCGAUGCAGAUAUUCUAAAUGCACCUUAUGCUGCUAAUGUACAGGGAAAAAUGCCUCAUUUGUAUAGCAGCCGUAAUCAUCCAGGAGAAAUGCGUGAUGGGCAUCAAAUUUCAGCAAGUGGCGGUCCCCUCAUGAUAUGUUCGGAUUGUUAUGAUAAUGCUAACAUCUACUCAAGGACCAGGGAGUACUGCCCAUAUACAUAUAUCACGGAGGAAGACGCAUUGGAUGAAACAUUGCCUGGCCUCAUUGCACGUGAUACUACAGCUUCAGACUUGUCUGCUUUCCUCACCAACCAUGACAGAAUAGGCGAUGUGAAAGGAAAUGGCGAUUCUUGUCCCAAUUGGGGAUUGAAGAAGGAAGUGGAUUUACCUGCUCCACAUCCUCCCUUAUUUCACCACUCUGUACCAGUUUAUGAGAAAUCAUUGAUUAGAAUUGAAGGCCAACCUUCUGUCAAGAUAGAAGAUCAGUCCCCACACCGACCCUGCUUAAGAUCAUGCGAUCAGGACUACCAUUUGAGCAGGACUUCAAAUAUUUCUAACUAUCAGGAAACCACCUAAAACUAUAUAGUUUACAACCAAAUUCAGGAUAUCUGAGCUAAUAUGGACUACCUCAAUAUGUACCUAUGGCCAAAAAAAUAGCUCCAAUAUGUUUUACAAACACGUUGAGUGGACCAAGGCAAAAAUCAUUGCGCUGAAAUGCAGAAGAGACAGUGCGCUGUUUGUAAUGGUCACUUUGUAAGCACUUGAUGCUUCCUUGCCAUUUUGCAUCAGAACUAUACAGUCAUUCUGUCAGGAAGCAAGAAUCAUGAAACUGCUAACCCAGAUGGAUUUUAUGUUCCCUUUUAUUGACAAAUUUAAUUCCAAAUGAGCUUUAUGCUGAAAUGACUCAAUAUGUUCAACAUCGAUUCUCCCAAAUGUCUAUCUCUGUCAUGAACACAUUAAGCAUGCAAGCUUUAAUCUUCCUUAAACUACUAAGGAAGUGCACCUUGUUUGUGGUUUUGGAAUUUUGUAAUGUUGUAUAGGGUGGUUCCCUAUGAGGAAUGCUAUUUACAAUAGUUUAUCUUCUCAAUAGAGUUCACAUUAUGUGAACGUUACAGGCACCUUGGACUCAGUCCUUUAAGCAGGCAGGUAAACAUCAGAUUUUUUGGUGGGGGCUUUGUACCCGAUUCACAUGUUGUGUUCCACAUCUAACAAACUUCCUUUGGCUUUUUAUUUGUUUCAUCCAUAGCAGCAGGUAUAGUUUUCUUUACACUCCAUAGAAUAACUGUGGUCCCACUAAUUUCUUAAUGAAUGAGCACUUUUUUUAAAAAUUAUUUUAUUAUGUUUGAUCAUUUUAGGUUGUUGGCUAUUUGUAUUAUCCAUAAUGACCCAAUCCACAGUAGUGUGUGUGUGAGUGCGUGCGUGCGUGCGUGUGUGUUUGUAUUGUCUCUAGCAUAUUUGUGUUGGAAAGUUUUUUUUUUAAUGUCUUGACUUAUUGCAGAAUUUUUUAAUCUAAAAGCAAAUCUAUCGGACUCAAACUAGAAUGGGUUACACAGUACUUUUAUUGUUGUGACCUCAUUAAACAUUCUGUCUUGUAGGUACAUCCGUGUUUUUUUUUGUUUAUUUAAAUUAAAUGCAUCAGAUGAGUUGGCUACUCUGUAUUGUUUUUACAAAAUAAUUCCAUUAUUCAACUAGAAAAUAUAUCUUAAUAAAAAUAUUGGUUUUGGCUGCAGCUUUUUAAAAAAUUUUUGGAAUGUCCUGCUGCAGAACUCUACUUUUUAUAAAUCAUUGUUAACAUUUUACGUAUCUCGGUCAACAUUGUUUAUAGUUGAUGUAUCCUACUCUACGUCAGUAUUUUUUCACUCCAGUCCUUGCAUAUCCAUAAUAGGCUUUUCUUGCUGCAAGUGAAUCAGACAUAAUGACUGUACAUCCUAACAACUCAAAUACUUAAAACAUACCCAGGUAAGAGAAUUUGAGGAAUGAAGUUGAGACAUAUGAAGCAUCAGAUGGGCACAACUUUUCUGUUGUCUUGUGCUCUUAUAUCAUUCUUUAGCAUUCACUAUUGAUGUUUCUUUUCUAACAACUCUAUGAACCAGUCAAUAGUUUGUUGUCUUUGACCUGCAUAUUUUUCUAUUUUCAUGACUCUGUUCACCUUGCAAAGGCAAGUAAACAAAUUGGGAAAAUGCAAGUGGUCUUCUAGCCUUUGAUUCAUGUGGUUUUAGUUUUGCAGAAACAGUAGGCUUUAGAAGACUAUAUGUUAAACAUUCCACAUUGCACAUAAAUCAUAUGAGUUAUACGGUACAGGUGGCCCUCGGGUUUACGCUGGUUCAAUUUGCGCCAUUUCAGAAUAACAACCUUUUUUUUUUUUUCAGUCAUGUGCAGUAAUUAAAAUAGCCAGUAGGUGGAGCUGUCCGCUUGUUUUGCAGCAAAGUUAUGCAACUUAGCAGGUCUGAAAUUGAUCUGUGUACACAGAACAGACAUUAGCUAUCGAGCAGCCACUUCCCUAUUAUCUUCAUGUCCACCUGCUUGAGGUGAAGGUGCCUAACUGCUUAAUAAACACUCCGGAUUGAAAUGCAUAUAAUAGGUACAGACCCAAUAUUAUCUAACAUGCUAACAAUGCAGAGAACUGAUUGCAGAAAAAUGCAAGUAAAAAAACGUUUUUGUUCAUUAAACUUAGUUUGAUGAUGAUGCAGUCUGUUGUGUGAUUAUUUUAUUAGGUGCUGUUAGCAAAUGUUCUUGUUCAUUAAACUUAAUUUGAUGAUGAUACAAUCUUUAUUAUUAGGUUUAUAAUGCUGUUUAGCAUUUAAAGUCUUCAUUUCAAAGCUUUAAAAAUAAUGUAUUAGGUGUUACUUAUGACAAUUUUGAGAGGGGCCUGGAACCUAACUCCCUCACUUCCCAUUGGCUUACAUUAUAAACUGGAUUUCAAUUUACAACGGUUUUGAUUUACAACCAUUCCUCCUGGAACCUAACCCCGGCAUAAACUGAGGGCUACCUGUACUUACUGUUGGGCCUCUGAUAUGUUAUUCUGCUGUUAAAUCAGGAGGCUUAAAGGGAUACUGAACCCAUUUUUUCUCUUUCAUGAUUCAGAUAGAGCAUGCAAUUUUAAGCAACUUUCUAAUUUACUCAUUAAUUUUUCUUCAUUCUCUUGGUAUCUUUAGUUAAAAAAGCUGGAAUAUAAGUUUAUGAGCCAGCCUAUCUUUGGUUCAGCACCGGUGUAGCACUUGCUGAUUAGUGGCUAAAUGUAGCCACCAUUCAGUAAGCGCUACCCAGGGUGCUAAGCCAAAAAUGGGCCGGCUUUUAAGUUUACAUUCCUGCUUUUUUAAAUAAAGAUUCCAAUAGAACGAAGAGAAAUUAAUAGGAGUAAAUUAGAAAGUUGCUUAAAAUGUCAUGUUCUAUCUAAAUCAUGAAAGAAACAAAUUUUGCUCAGUAUCCCUUUAAGCAAACAUCUAGAAGGGUUUUAUGUGAAAUAGACAAUUUUUUCUCUUCAGAAAAAAAGUUUUUUUUUUUGUGAUUUUUAAAAUUUGGAUCAUGCAAAAAUAGUUUUAAUGGCUUCAUGUUAAAUAUGUAAAUAUAUUUGCAGUUAUAAAAUAUUUUUGUACACAUUGCACAUGUCCGUCAGCUAUAUUGUAAAUGUAAAUGUUUUUUGUGUUCAUUUUUUAACUAUGCCAAAAAUAUAUAUAUUAUGCUAUUAUGUUAAUCAUACAGCCUAUUAGCCUAUUAUGAAAUUUGUCAAAUGGGAUUUUGUGAUGAGCAUCUUCAUUGCAGUGUAUAUAAAAACUGUUAGAAAAAAAAAUAAAAGUUACUUGAGGGUA